AUGAAACAUCAUGCUAAAUUAUUAAUCAUAUGUCCAUUCGAAUUUAUUGGAUUUUAAACCUUAGAUCAUAAAAUAGAAGAUUAUCUUAAAACAAAUUAAGAAGAAAUAGUUCUUUAUUUAAUAGGAACUCCAAUAACAUAUCUAAAAGUUUAUGAGAAAAUAUUAUUCCAUCUAUAUGACAAAACACAAAAUUAUCCUACAAAAUUCAGUGUGAUUUUUGAUUCAUUAAACAAACAAUUCUUAAAUAAUCACAAAUUUGAUCUGGUUAUAAAUUUAGGCACUCCAUUAUAAGGUGAUUUUAAUAUUCAACUUUCAUUCAAUCAUGAAGUUUAAUAGAUCUAAUUUUCUGAAGAAGGAUAUAAAAUAAAUCAAUUUUAGAGAGGUGCUAAUGGUGGUACUUUUGAUCAUUUACACAUUGGACAUAAAAUUCUUCUAAGUUUAAGUUUACUGACAGUUAGCUAACAUUUGACUAUAGGUAUAACUGGAGAAAUAUUAUUAUAAAAGAAGAAAUUGAAAGGUUUCUUAUAAUCUUAUGAAACUCGUUCUAGAUGUGUAAAAGAGUUUUGUUUAAUGUUCCGACCUGAUAUUGAAUUGUAUUUCUCUGAAUUGAUUGAGCCUGCAGGACCAACCAAGAAUGGAUAAUAUGAAGUAUUAAUUGCUACAUAAGAAACUUAAAAAUCUUUAGAGUAUAUUAACAAUCUUAGGAAGGAAUUGAAUUUAAAUUAAUUAGAAGGUUAUAUUAUUGGAAUGAUUGAAAAUUAGGUUAAUUAAGGAGAGGUAAAAAUAUCAUCCACUUAAUUCAGAGAAUAAAUUUAAUCAUAAAAUAGAUUGACUGAGUAAGAAUAUUUGGAACUCAAAUAAGAAUGGUUAUCUGUAAGUAACAAUCUUUAUUGGUUUGAAUCUAUUCUUGUGGAUUAUUAUUCUUAGUCUUAAAGACAUUAUCACACUCUAAGACACAUCUAUGAUAUGCUAAAAUAGUUAAAAGGAGCAAAAAAUAUUUAAAACGUCAAAUUAGCAACAUUUUUUCAUGAUGCCAUUUAUUAUCCUAAACUUCAUGAUAAUGAAGAAAAAAGCUGUUUGUUAUUUUAAUAAUUUGCAUAAGAAUGUAAAAUAGACUCAGAAGUUAUCUCUAUUUUUAUUUUAUAAACAAAAAGUCAUCAAACUGAUGUUUCAUUCUUAUCAGAAAAUGAUUUAUCAGAUUUAAUGAUAUUUUUAGAUGCUGAUAUGUCUAUUUUAGAAUCUGAUGCUUAUCAAAUAUAUGCUCAAGAUAUAAGAAAGGAAUAUUCUCAUUUCACAGAUAAAGAAUAUAAAACAGGUAGAAUUGCUGUUUUAUAAAAAUUUUUACAAUCUAAAAUAUUUAAUUUGAGAAGUGAAGAAAAAGCUCGAAAAAAUAUAUAAGAAGAGAUCGAAAUUUUAUAAUAGUGGGUAGUAUGA